UUAAAUUACUAUGUGACUAUGUGUUAGCACUUGUCGCAUCGUGAAAUGCUUUGUAUAUUAGAAAGGUUCACAAAACCAUUACUUAAACAAAGGCGUAAUUUUAUUAUUCAAACAAUGGCUAAAAGUUCAUUUGAAUAUGUUAAAAAGUUCGAACUAGAUGACACGUUACUACCAAAUUCCUGGAUUGUCGUGAGGCUUGACGGCAAGUGUUUUCACAAGUUUUCAGAUGAUCAUAAGUUUGAAAAACCUAAUGAUCUUAGAGCACUCAAGCUUAUGAAUUAUGUGGCAUUUCGAGCUAUGAAAGACUUUAACGAGAUAUUGAUGGCCUUUGGCCAAAGUGACGAAUACUCGUUUGUUUUUAAAAAACAAGCAAAUCUUUACAAGCGACGUGCAGCUAAACUUUUAACUGUGGUUAACAGCAAGUUUUCUUCUUCAUAUGUUUAUUACUGGAACAAGUUUUUUGGAGACGAAAAGUUGCAAUAUCCGCCGACUUUUGAUGGACGUGUGGUCUUAUAUCCAUCCGAUCAAAAUUUAAUUGACUAUAUGAAGUGGAGGCAAGCAGAUGUGCACAUUAACAACCUUUACAACACAACAUUCUGGAAUUUAGUUUUAAAAGGAAAUUUGACUCCAAGUGAGGCUGAAAAGCGUUUGUGUGGCACAGUGUCAGCAGAUAAAAAUGAAAUACUGUUUAAAGAAUUCAAUAUAAACUAUAACAAUGAACCAGAAAUAUCCAAGAGAGGCACUAUAUUGCUAAGGAAAACUGUGAUAAUUAACGAUGAUGCAAGUGUACAAAAGUUGGUGAUUGUUGAUGUCCAUGAUGAUAUGCUUAAAGACAACUUCUGGAAAGCACAUGCCAGUUUAUUAUUAGAGAGACCAAAAGAAACUUUAGUACACAAUGGGCCUGCAACAGACAUAAUGAAUGAACAAAUAAACAUAUUUAAUAAAGAAUUAUAACAUUAUAUUU